AUGGAGCAAACACCAUCUUACGAGAAGUUUCUUAAAGACUCUCUCGUUAAGAAGGAGAAAUUGGAAGAGGAACCAAUAAUCCUGAUAGCUGAAUGUAGUGUUGUACUGCAACAGAACCUACCAGCCAAGAUGGCAGAUCCAGGAAGUUUCUCUAUACUCUGCCAGUUGGGUAGUGUCUCUAUUCCUAGCACACUGUACAAUUUAGGAGCAAGUGUGAGUCUGUUACGAAAGACCACGUAUGAUAAGCUGAAUGUGGAUGAAUUGAAGCCCACCAAGAUGAUCCUGCAGCUGGCAGACAAGUCAGUGAAAGACUCUCUAGGGACUUUAGAGGACGUACCACUUAAGGUUGGAAACGUUUACAUUCCGAUCGAUUUUGUGGUUAUUGAUAUGGAAAACAUAAAUGAUGAAUUAGUCAUCUUGGGGCGUCCAUUCCUCAAUACUAUCGAUGUCGUGAUUCAUGUCCGGAAAGGAUGCAUAGAGAUGCAUAUAGGAGAUCAUGAGGACAUUGAAUUCAAGCUGGAACCAAAACUAGAACGGGGCAAGGGAAUUGCCUAUGAUGAAGACGUUUACAUCCUGCCAGUAGCUAAAUCUGUAAUCUCUGAGGCAGAGAAUGAGAUAAAAGCUAAAUCUGAAUCCCUAAUAAUGACAUCUAAGGGGAAAACCAACGGAAAGGUUCCGUAG